AUGGAAGGUGACGGGAGUCGGCAGCAGGGGAAGCAGAGGAAGGAGCGCCCUUACACCAGCAUCUUUCCUGAGAGGCCUCCGGCCACUGGAACGCUGACCUCCACAGUGGAGAGGAGCACCCAGUCCUACAGGAGGCUCCCCGGGGCAGGAGUGGGGAGACUGAGGCUUUCCAGGCAAGGAGGACAGAGGGCUCAUCCCCUCUCCCGGCGCCGCCACCGGACCACCUUCAACCCAGCCCAGUUAGAGCAACUAGAGGCAGCCUUCGGGAGGAACCAGUACCCUGACAUCUGGGCUCGAGAAGGUCUCGCCAGGGACACAGGGCUCAGCGAGGCCAGAAUCCAGGUCUGGUUCCAGAACCGCAGAGCCAAGCAGCGGAAGCAAGAGAGGUCAUUGCUCCAGCCACUGGCCCAUCUGGCUCCUGCCACCUUUUCUGGCUUCCUGCCUGAGCCCCCUGCCUGCCCCUACUCCUAUCCAGCACCACCUCCACCAGUGGCCUGCUUUCCUCACCCCUACAACCAUCCCCUCCCCUCCCAGCCCCCCACAGGAGGUUCUUUUGCUCUACCCCACCAGUCUGAGGACUGGUACCCUACCUUGCACCCAACCCCUCCUGGUCAUCUGUCCUGCCCCCCACCUCCACCUAUGCUCCCCCUCAGCCUUGAGCCACCCAAGUCCUGGAACUAA